AUGGUGACCACAAGAGGCAUGGAGAAUCCAGAUCCAAUCCAGAUGAUAAAAGACCUGCAGGCGCAGUUGGAAGAACAAGCCCGAACUAUUGCAACCUUACAGCAGGAAUUACAACAGAAGAAGACUGAUGACGCCGAACGUAGCAAAGAAAAACAACACGACCGAGAGGCAUCUGAAGACAGUCAGAAUCAUAAUCCGCCUCCUCCCCCUCGGUCCCUAGAUUUUUUGCCGUUCACCGAUGCCAUCAUGCGGGCCCCUAUGCCCGAUCGGCCUCCACCCCACGUGGAGAAAUUCGACGGUACAACGAAUCCAGAAUAUCGUUUGCGGAACUUCGUCGAUUCAAUGGCCUUCUACACUCAAAGUGAUCCGGUAAAAUGUCGGGCGUUCUCCCUGUCGCUGAGGGGAGAAGCCCUCGAAUGGUACUACACCCUUCCACCCAAUUCGGUGGACAAUUUCCGCAUGCUGACAAACAUGUUCACAAAGCAAUAUUCCACCAACCGACAUGAAGAAGUGACCGCUGCCGAACUAGUCAACCUCAGGCAGGGAAAAGACGAAACUCUCAGAGCUUUCAUGCACCGAUACAACCAAGCUGCCCGAAGGAUAAAGGGAGCUAGCCCCGAAUUCAUCAUCGGCAGCCUACCCAACUGCCUAAAACCAGGAUUCGUCUCUGAAAGCCUAUACGCCAAAUUACCCCAUACGCUGGAGGAGCUACAACAAAAGAUGGCUAAGUUCAUUAAAAUGGAAGACCAGAGGAUUUCUCGAAAGCAACAACACGAGGAGCAUUCGGCAAGUAUUAACAAAAGAGAGGGCAAGCGGAAAAAUGACAGUGUCCGGGAACAGAAACCAGUCCCGAACCUAAACCCCAGAUACGAUCGCUACGCGCAUCUCACCGCCCCCAGAGAAAAGAUAUGCCGAUUCCAUAAUUCGGGGGGACAUACUACUGAAGGCUGCCAAACUCUCAAAGAUGAAAUACAGAAGCUAAUCUGUGCCGGACAUCUUCGUGAAUUUGUGAAGGAAGAUUCCGGCCGUGUGGGACACUCCCCCAGAAAGACACGAAGAAGCCCGGAGCAUGCCAAACGAAAAAGUAAUUAUUCACGCGACCGUUCUCGUAGUCCUCCGAGCCACAAAUCCCGUAGUCGACCAAGAGAGCGGGAACCUAUAAUAAAAGGCAGGAUUGACACCAUCUCAGGAGGUUUCGCUGGAGGAGGCGCUUCAACCUCAGCACGGAAGAGACACUUGAGAAAUUUGCAUAGCAUACACUCAGUGAUACGCACUCCGGUGUCAAUGCCGGACAUUACAUUCAAAAACAAAGAUUUUCAUGCACCAGAUCCUGAUCAGGAUGACCCCAUGGUCAUCACCGCCCGCAUUGCACAAUACGAUGUGAGUAAAGUCCUUGUCGAUCAGGGUAGUUCAGUUAAUAUAUUAUACUGGACAACUUUUCGAAGAAUGGAGAUUUCUGAAGAUAUGAUUGCUCCGUUUAACAAGCAAAUUGUUGGCUUUGCUGGAGAGAGAGUAGACACCCGGGGGUAUAUCGACUUACGAACCCACCUAGGAUCUGAAGAUCGUGGUAAAGAGCUCAGAGUUCGUUUCUUGCUUGUAGAAGCAAACACGUCCUAUAAUGCCCUCCUAGGACGCCCAUGCUUGAAUGCCUUUAGGGUAAUCGUAUCUACCCCACAUCUGGCGAUGAAAUUUCCUACAGACAAGGGAAAUAUUUGCACCGUCCGGGCAGAUCAGAGAACCGCUCGUCAAUGCUAUGUUGCUGGUUUAAAGGUCACACCUUACAGAAAAGAGAACCGCACCGAGGCAAUCCUGAUUGACCUUGAUCCAAGGACCAAUACAGACGAACGCAUACAAUCGGAAGGUGAGAUAAGGCCUUUCGUCGUGGGAAAAACCAAACAACAAACUACUUCAACCGCCGCCAACCUUCAGCCAUCUGACAAAAAUGCGCUGAAAGAACUAUUAAAAGAUAACAACGAUUUAUUCGCCUAG